AUGUCGUCCUCCAUUGCGGAUAUUCAGAGCAAGAAAGAAGCUGAAAUCCAACCCAAAUACGCAUCACCCACCGACUCGCAAAAUGAAGUCACUCUGCGGAAGCAAAGCGAAGCUGACGCGGCAAAGACGCUUCAGCGUACUUAUCGCGGGUACAGAGCACGCAGGCAACUACAAGGGCUGAGUUUAGAUCCUGCGAGCAGAUGGAUAGAAGUAUUCUACCCUGCUGUCAAAGAAGCCCAAUAUCGCGCCCUCACCACCCCCCAAUCCCGCGGCACCGACACCAACACUAUCUCCUCCACGACCGACCCAUCCUCCCCACCCUUCCCACAACCAGGCCUCCAACACCGCACUUCGACCGCAAAAUCCAACUGGGCCUUCGCCGGCAAAAUCGCCCGGCGCGCCAACAAAGCCGAAGAUUCAUCUCCCUCGGGCUCUUCCUCCUCCGAUAGCGAUGUCGGCGCUCACGACGUCUCCAAUACCCCCACCUCCGCUCGCCCACCAACCGACGCCCAGAAGCGCGCCCGCAAGCAGAAGAAAUUAGCCGAGAAGCAGGAUCGUGUGAAGAGCGCUAAGACGAUGGACUUAUCAUACUUUCUGGAGAUGGUGGAUCAGAAACAUCGCUAUGGCUCUAAUCUGAGGAAGUAUCACGCGUACUGGAAAGCGCAGGAGGGGGUGUACGAGAAUUUCUUCUUCUGGCUCGAUCAUGGCGCUGGGAAGGAUGUGGUGGUGGAGGCGUGCUCGAGGGAACGGCUGGAAGAGAUGAGGGUGCGGUAUUUAGGAAAGGAGGAACGGCGGUUGUAUGAGGUUGUUGUUGGGGAAGGGGGAAGCUUGUUUGGCGGAAGGAUCAUGGGAUGA